UGCCCGAGUGCGGAUGGGCAGAGCGGACGCCGCGAAGCAGACUCGCGGCAUCGCACUAUUCCCGCAAUAGUACCGGCGCUCCCCUCCCACCAGGCACGAUGAAGCUGAACCUGGGCGCACUGGGCAACGUGGACCGCGCAGAGCUGAAGCGUGACGGGCUGACGCUGUUCAGCAAGCUCAUCCGCACCAAGAAUGUGGAGUCGAUGCAGGGCGACGCGGCGCCGGCCACCAAGAGCGCCCCCGCCGUCGUCACCACCCGCUCCGACGCCGACCACCCCGAGAAGAAGCUCAAGCUCAAGAAGUGCCUGACGACGCUGGACCUGACCUCCCUGGGAGUGGGGUCCUGCGUGGGCACCGGCAUGUACCUGGUGGCCGGCAUGGUCGCCAAGUCCGUGGCCGGGCCCGGGGUCAUCUUCUCCUUCAUCAUAGCCGCCAUCGCCUCCAUCUUCUCUGGCGCGUGUUACGCGGAGUUCGGCGUGCGGGUCCCGCACACGACGGGCUCGGCCUACAUGUACUCGUACGUGACGGUGGGCGAGCUGGUGGCGUUCGUGAUCGGCUGGAACAUGGUGCUGGAGUACCUGAUCGGCACAGCGGCCUGCGCCUGCGCGCUCUCCGCCUGCCUGGACGCCCUCGCAGGGGGCGCCGUGUCGCGGGGCGUCGCCUCCAGCGUCGGCACAAUGUUCGGUCGGCCGCCGGACUUCCUGGCGUGCCUCAUCACGCUGCUGAUGACGCUGCUGAUGGCGGCCGGCGUCAAGAAGUCGCUCAUCUUCAACAACGUGCUCAACGCCAUCAACCUGGCCGUCUGGGUGUUCAUCAUGUCGGCCGGCCUCUUCUACGUCGACGGCCGCAACUGGUCCGAGCACAAGGGCUUCCUGCCCUUCGGCUGGUCCGGGGUGCUGACGGGGGCGGCGACCUGCUUCUACGCCUUCAUCGGCUUCGACAUCAUCGCGACGACGGGCGAGGAGGCGACCAACCCGCGCCGCUCCAUCCCGCUGGCCAUCGUCGCGUCGCUCAUCGUCAUCCUCAUCGCCUACGUCACCUCCUCCAUGAUGCUCACGCUCAUCGUGCCGUACAACAAGGUGGACGCCGACUCGGCGCUGGUCGAGAUGUUCGGCCAGGUGGGCGCCUACAAGUGCAAGUGCAUCGUGGCCGUGGGCGCGCUGGCCGGCCUCACCGUCUCCAUGUUCGGCUCCAUGUUCCCCAUGCCGCGCAUCGUCUACGCCAUGGCCCAGGACGGACUCAUCUUCCGGACACUGUCUCGCGUGUGGCAAGCCACGGGAACCCCAGCCAUAGCAACCUUCAGCUCUGGGGUAGCCGCUGCGUUGGCAGCCCUGCUCAUCCAGCUUGAGGUGCUGGUCGAGAUGAUGUCCAUUGGGACGCUGCUGGCGUACACGCUGGUGUCGACGUGUGUGCUCAUCCUGCGCUACCAGCCGCACUCCACCAACCUGGUGGAGCUGCUGCCCCAGUCGCUGCGGACGCCCAUCCGCGGAUCGCCCACCAAGGAGAACCUCAGCAACGGACAGGUGCUGUAUGGAAACCAGCUGCAGCCGGACCAGCUGCGAGCGGCGCUGGGAGGCAGCGGGGGCGGCGUCGGCGGCGCCACGACGCUGGGUGCGGGAGUGGGCGUGGCGGCGCCCGGCCCGCCCCUCUCGCACCACGGCGCCCACCACCAGCGCGUCAUGGUGCGCCGCGUCACCCGCAGAUACUCCUCCCCGGACAGCGACGACACGUACCCGGGCGAGGAGCCGGAGGAAGAUUUGUCGAUGCGAGACGACCAGUUCCUGGUGUCCGACCGCAGCGAGAACAAGUUCUACGGCUCGCUGCACGGCGCCGGCGGGGGCGGCGGGGGCGGCCUGGGGCUCGGACUCGGCGGCGGCUCCGGCCUGGGGGCGGGCGUCUCCGCCCCCGGCCUCGGCUACAUCGGACGCCGCCUCCACGCAGCGACGUACCUGUGCCCGGCCAUCUUCCCCUGGGUGGAUACGGGCCCGGCCACCGAGGAGUCGGGCAUGUUCGUGAUGAAGAUGGUGGGCGUGCUGUACGUGCUCAUCCUGAUCUUCGACAUCAUGGUGGCCGCCUCUGGGGGCAGCGGUGGCUCCUGGCUGGCUGCGGCCCUCUCCAUCACCAUGCUCGCCAUCAUCGGCGUGCUGCUCGCUAUCUCGAGGAAGCCCCAGAACAGGAAGACAUUGCUCUUCAUGACACCAGGCUUGCCGUUCGUGCCAGCAGUGGCUGUCACUGUCAACAUCUACCUCAUCUUCAAGCUGUCCAUCCUCACACUGGUGCGCUUCACCGUCUGGAUGGCCAUCGGCUUUGGUGUGUACUUCUACUACGGCAUCAAACAUAGCACACUGGAGGAGGAAGAACAACAGAGACUCCGCGAAGAACAAGAGGAGGAGGAGCAGCGCUCCGUGUCCGGCAUCCAGGGGGGCAUCGGCGGAGGCUCUGACACCGGGGGCGGCAUCGAGAUGUCCGUGUCGCCCGCCCGGCAGACGCCCCAGGUGCCAGUGCAGACCGCGGGCUCGGCACCCGUAGCGGCGACUGGGCGGGCCUCCGACCUGUUCGUUCCGCCGACCCAUUUUCCGACGUGGGACGAUUGAGACGGUGGCCGUCGUGGAGGCAGGACCGUAGCGGCUGGGGUUCGGGGCCCUGCUCUGACGUGCCACGGACCGAGCGAGUGGUGAACGGCGAGUGAGGUGACCGGCAGCUGUGGCGGGCGAGACUGUGGGGGCGGUAUGACCGGUGCCGGGUUCCCGGUGCCUGCUCGUGUAUGGGGUCAGUGACGAGAUGGACUGUGUGGAGUGUGGUGGCUGGGGAGUCUACAGACGUCAAACGGUGCACGGAACAUCCCCGUCUUCGGUCUGCCGACAGAUAGGCUGAAGCGGCCCGGACGACUGUCUCGUCACGUGAAGCAGUGAUCGGCAGUGAAUUUGACUGUCGAACGACUGCAAAUUCGCCAGUUACUUAGCUGACAUAAAGGCAAUAUGAACAGCUGUGAUGCAGCAUGGAGGAUCCAUUUUCGUGUCAGGGGAUGGCUCUAGACUCCACUGUCCAGCUCCUUUUCUGAGGAACAUGUCGGGUUGUUGUAACUGGAGUAUUUCCUAGCAUUUACUGCUCGAUUUCAGUCAUCAAACCUUGCUGUGAUGUAAAUGUGGAGGCCUUACACUCAUUCGUAAUGAAAGCUACUGACAUGCUUGUGCAACUGUGUUUUGUGUAGAGGUGUUCAGUUAUGCCCUGAUAAUUGCAGCAAUAUUAAUUUCCAGAACUUUUUGGUAAUACGGUUAAAAGAGGUAACAGCACCAAAACUGUCGGUGCAAAACACCUCAGAGUGAGGGAAUGUGACAGUGUUGAUGGUGAUCUGACCAUCACAUUGUCACAGCCUUUCUUGAUGAGGUGACACUUCUCCCAUUGUCUCUCACUGCCAUCAACAAUACAUAAACAACAAUAUGUAUAUCAUCUCACCAAUGUCUCCUACACAAAUAUAUGUUACACAACACUUGCACUUCACAAUGAAGAAGUGCACAAAUAAAGAUAACCAUCCACUUCAAUCAACUAAACCCUAAGGAGUCACCUAAUUCCACAGUGUAAUGUGACAGUAAUAGAGAAUCAAUACAUACACACAUUAGCUGCUGAACUUGUAAGAUGGCACGUAAUUCCCACUACUUGGCCAGUUGUUCACAAUGUCAUUCUUACAUCGUAUGAACUAUGAAAUCCAAUUACCGUUGCUGCUGUAGGGGAAACCCCAUCAUGUUUCGGUUGUGCGUAACAGUAUGCAACUGUGCACUGACUAAGUACUGGUAAUUCACUCCUACUCAUCAUACUUAGGCCGUAUGUGUAGAAUACCAAUGUACAAGCUGAAACUGUCAGAAGAAGGAAAUAAAAUACUGUUCAUAGUACUUUACCUAUGAAAUACUGGUAAGCUGAUGGGUGCAAUAGUUCUUUCCAGAAACUGGCUCCUCACCUGCCAAGUCUGAAUGGCUGACAAUGAAUGCAAGUUAUCUUAUAUGCAGGAAUGAGUGUAAGGUAACUGAAGAUAUCGAAGAUACCCUGUAUGUAGUUGUAAUGUGCACAAAAUGGUUAAUGCAGAAACAAAACCAAUUUUUCAGUUUUUCAUACAAAAGUAUUUGGCACACAAUACUAGGAAAUCAAAGUAGAAAGUAUAUUUUGAUAAUGAAGCUAGUUUUGAUUUAUUUAGGCAGGAGUCUAUAACAUUUAAUACAUGUCGCUUUUUGAGACAGUAGUGGAUCCCUUUAUCUUGCUGACGAUUAUGGCCUAGAUUGGCACACAAACGUCACUGACUGUAAAAAAUUAGUAUUGACAAGUACUGACGUAUAGGUAGUGUUCAUCUUGUUAUCUUUACAUCUGCAUCACAGCUGUCCAAAUCAAAAAUAAUACUGCAUCUUGACGUAUACCAGCACUGAAUUUCAUGUACCAGUAGAGCCCUCAUCGGUAAUUUGCUGGCCUCAUUCAGCAGUAGUACUGGCAAGUGCCAAGGCUUCCAUCUUGUAGAGGAUGAACAAAGUAUACCAACAGAGCACAAUGCAGCUUCAAGUUCCCACUUAGCCUUCCAUCCUGGAAUAUAAAAUGUGUGGGAAAGCUCACCCCAUACUGAGCAGGCACAAUAUCCAAUGCGUUGAUGAAACCUUGUUUCUUUGAGGACUAUGUGAGAGAAGCGAGUAUUUUUUCUUGUUUAAUAGCUGUAAAUCCCUAGUUAAGUUUCUAGUUUGUCCUAGAAGUAAACUUAAAAAUGCAUGUCUUCUUACUUUUUAACUAUCUCUUGACGACUGGAAAUGUGUCCUUUUUUUUAAGUGAUGGAGAGUCUUUUUCAAUCAUGUUAGUCACAUUAUGAGUCAUUGGUUGCUGAUUAGAGGAAGAAAGUGACUGGUCAGUGUUCAUGGCACACUGAUGUAAUUUUUUCUAUUCUUUAUCAGUGUCUUCUACAACAAAGAUUCAACAAAAUGUGAAUUCAUUGACGAUAUAUUUUUGGUAUUAAACUAUCUUGUGUGUUAUGAUAGCUUUAAUUCAACUUAAAUAUUCUAUAUGUGUUGUCUUCUAUUGAACCAGUGAUUUUAAUAAGUAAACAACACUUCCAUUCAGAAACUUUUUGAAGAUCUCACUGCAAGAAAAUUACAGAUUACUAGUUGGUACAGAAUACUAAAAAAGAAUAAAAACAGAAAAAGAACAUCUCAUAAAUUUAUUGCUGUGAAUUUUCCAUAUCAUUGUUCUGUAGAGCAGACAUGAUAGUUUUUUUGAGAAGAGGUACUUCAAAUGGAGAAAUAUUUUUUAUUUAUUUAGUAAAGUACUUGCCCUUUAGUUCCUAGUAGUUAAGUGAGUUUAAAUCUCAUUUGAUUAGAAAAAAUAUUUAUUGUAGUGUAUUUUGCAAAAGACUGAGGCAAAAACAUUGAAAAAAAGAGCUUCUGAAAGAAAAACUCUGAUGUUUUGAUGUAAAUGGAGCUUGUAAUUUAAAUUUACCUUCCAUAGAAUGAAGGAAGCAAGAAACUAUAUUUUUUUGGAAAAAUGGAAUGUAGUAAACAAGUUUUCUUGCACUGACCAAUUGUUCUGUUCCACAGUGUACUAUAUCAUAGAUGUCAAAGACGAAAAAAUAUUCUGAGGUUUUUGGGUGAUAGUUACAACGAAAAUCAAAGCACCACUGAAUUUAUUUAAUAAUUUAUGUUAGUAGGUUUCCUUAUAUAGCAAGAAUGUCAUUGUUCAAAAACCUUAACUUACAAAGUCCAUUUUUCCUAAAAAAUACUUGAGGCACACGCCAUGUUCCUUUUCUUUUGUUGAACGCUUCUUUGCUGAUCACACAGAAUCCUUUGCAACAUUGUACUGAAGCUUAAGUUGUACAAAGAUAAGACUCUGCACUUUAAACCAAAAUCAGAGGAGCACUUCAUAAUAUAGAUGAAACAGAAGUAGCUUCCUUUGCUAAGAAGAAAAUCAUUUUAAAAGGAUCAAAUUUAACAGGAUUAUUACCCUUUUGUAACAGCACUGCACAGUUCUCCCUAUAUUCUCUAGUUUAGAAAGAAGUGAUAAGAAUGCAGUUGAUUUGCAUUUGCUUCUUCUUCUUUUGCUUCACAUCCACUACUCGUACCUCCUCUCACAACAAUCCACAUCCCCUCCCUUUGCCAAGCCCACACCCAGUCACCCUAAGAAAUACUACCAUCAUUCCACUUGGAGAGUGAAAUGCAAAUGAUUUUUACAAAAUUCUAAGUGUGUGAUAUGUAGAAAUAUUACCUGUAUACAUAUGCAUUAAUGGAAAAGAAAAUGCAAUAACCAUAAAAGUAUUAUUGUUAAUGUUAUAAAUAUUAUUAUUAUUAUUAUUAUUAUCAUCACUACCAAAACUAUGAGAUUCAGAUCUAUUGCAAUAACAAAAACAGUAUAUAAAGAGUUUAUUUCAGUUGUAAAAAAGAACUUACAUUCAUGUUAUAGUAUCGUAAAACUGUAAUGCACGUUUUAAGGCAGGUAUUUCGCAAUGUUCUUUAAAACAUUGAAUUAUUAAGCAAGAUGAAGAAAUGUUACACUAUAAAACCCAUCAUAAAUGUUGUGUAAAUAUUGUCCAAUGGUGGGAAUGCAUCCUUGUCUUGUUUAACUGAGUAUAUGAGUAGUGAAGUAAUCUGUGAAAUUAAAGUUAGAAAAUAUGCCAACCAAUGUUCAGUGCCUGUAAUAUUUUGAAACAAGAAGUAAUAUAACUGUAAUAUAUUAUUAUUUAUAGCAGUUAUUGCAUAAGAAAAGUCAUGUACAAACUUGGAAACUGGACUUCCGUCAACAAUGAAUUCUUUUUUAUACUUUCACAAUUUAGUACAUAAAUUUACUGCAUAUUAGGGUGAAACAUGUGGUCCAUUCCUAGUAUUGCUUGUAUUUUUUGCUCUACAAAUGCAACUUCAGUUAACGUACUAAGAGAAAGAUAUCUGUAGAACAACUUACCAGCUGAAAAACCUGUUGAUACAACAGGUUUAUUUAGAUUUUAUGAAUGGAAUACUACGAACUGUACAUGUAGUUUGAGUACAUUUUGACAAAUAUCUUUUAAGUUCGUAGCCUACAGGAACAAAAAGUAAGAAGAUGCUUUAUGAUUUACAAUAACAGUUAAAAAUAACUCACUGUAAACAAAUACUAGAACACAAAAAGCAAUUAAAAAUGUAGUCCAGCAGGCUUUCCAAGUUUGACACAGCACAAAAAAAUUGUUAAAAUGACAGUACUUCUCUGACAGUACAUAAACAAUUUGUAUACCUUUGCUUUGCUGUCAAGGAAGUGUGCAUGUCACUUAAAAGUAAAACGUAUGGCCUACAUAAUUUUAAAGAAAGAAAGAAUUUUCGGACUGUAGCAUGGGUUAGAAAACUAAUUGAAAAGUAUGAGAUCAUAAUAAUCUUCUUGCCAUUAUUUUUCUUGGCUUUUGCAUUCUAUGUGUGUGUCAAUGUAUUUUCAAAAAAAAUGUACUGAAGCCCCUCGUGAGAUGGACAGCAAUCUGAGCUACUCAGACGGACAAGCCCACCGCACUGCUCCAGUGUGCAGUUUGGAUUACAAAUUGCCAUAUCACACUGUGCAGCCUUCCUGUAUUGUAUUUCUUCCUGCAUGAACGUAACUGUUCUCCUGUGUAAUUUUUAGCCUUCUGCAACUUGCUGUAAUGUGUACUGACUGACGAUUCCAAAGUUCUUCCUGUUACCCCUAUAAGCCUUCCUCUUAAAGUCAAGUAACAGAAAAUAGCUUGCAUAAGCACAGCAUAAAGAGUUCAGUCUGGAGGGUAAAAGUAUCCUUUUUUUUUAUUAUUGUUAGAGAGCUCUAGGCACUGAUAGUAACCCAUAUAAAACAUGGUGGCUAAGUUGCUGCCUGUCACCUUAAAAUUGUUUUCUUAGUUAUUAUUAACAGUUAUGAUCAACUAGACAUAAUUGCUAAACUUUUCUAUGAUGUUCUGACCUGUGUACGCACCCAUUUAUUUAAAGGUACACAGGUAUUACUCCAACAAGAAAUGUGGCUGUAGCGUGUAGUCAAAAAAUUUUGUAUCGUGUUACUUGCUGUAUUUCUCAUUUACUACUAAAAUGAUUUAUGCCCUUGGACCAAAAAUGGCCUUGAGCAAUUUGAUGAUUAUUCAAAACCUUACUUUUGACACUAAGCUGACUGAUCUUGCUUUAAGGAUUAGGUAAACACUCUGUACCCUUUCUAUUACUUGCAAUUCCUCUUCUCAAAUAAUUAAUGACUUUUGUGAGAGUUUGCUUCCCCGUAAGCAAUAGUUUGCAUGUAGUAUCACUUAAAUUUGAGUUUAUCUUUUUGAAGAGAUCUGUCCCAUUCCUAAUACCAGACAGCUCUAACAAGUUAAUUGUGUAUAGAGAGUAGUAAUACAAGUAUUAAUAACCCUACAAUAUGACUGUUGUACAAAAUAUGAAUAGCUCCUUCAAGAAAAAGACAGAUGCAGGAGAAUCAUGCUAUAUGGCAGUGAUAUCAACACUAGUAUUGAUAAGAAUUUGGAAAGCUGUCACAUUUACUGUAUCUAUGAACAAGGUGAUCAUUUGCUUAGGAUGAACACAAAAAUGCCAUUCAAAAACCAAGUAUGAUUUGGUGUUACAUGAGUCAUAAUAACAAUUAUUCCCAGUGCUGAAGUCAUACCAGAUAUCAUUGACACAAGGUUUAUAUUGCACUGCAAACAUGUUCAUAAUUUUUUUGUUUACACUGUAUAUAGACUUGAAAAUAUGCAGUUCAAGAUAUGUAUGCUGCCUUUGUGGAAUAUUUUGUGUGUCUAAAUAAUGUUUUUGAUGUGUGUGACAGAUAAUAAUAGCUUCAUUAUCUCCAAUGAGAGACAUUUAAUAUCAUAGCAAUUUACAGUCAGAUCAUGGAGGACAAUUGUUAAAUUUGGUUCACUGUUAUCUUCCUCGAUCUCUUAAUAUUUCUUCACUGCUAUAAUUCUAGUCUACGUAUUACCUCUUCCGAUGUUUAGUUUGGCAUUAUUCAUACCCACAGUUUCAUUAGGAGAGGAACAACUUUCGAAAUGCAGUUAGCUCCCCAAAACAUUUUGAUUAGUAAGUAACAAAUACAGUGUUUAUAUUCCGCUAAAGUAUAUUACACUUUUGAGGAAUCUUAGAUUUUUUGCUUGAAGAGGAGUUUCCUUUUCUUCAGAGAGAUUAUAAUAUAAGAAGGCCUAUUCAUUUACCCAAACGCUUCCCUUCAAGAGUUCAUAUUGGAUCAUGCCACUGAGCUUAACAGAAAGGAACCAAGAUAUCCAAAUCUUAUAGUAAGUGGCAUUGGUACAAAAUGGGUUACUUUGUACUACAUUUAUUUUGUUGUAUGGGGCACUGAGAUUCAAGUUUAAGUAUGGUAUGCUUAGGUGGGUUUAUAAAAUGAUAUGAAAAUGGCCUGAGUUCUAGUCCCAAUGAUUGAACUGCAAAUGGAUUUCCACUUACAGAAGACAUGCCUUGGUUCAUGAAGUUUAGCACUUUGAUACAAAAAACAAUCUCAUAAAUGUUCUUGUUUCUAACUUCAUAUCUAUAAGAAGUUAAACAUAUGUUAUUUCAGUGUUUGUAUUAUCAAUGCAGAUUUGUCUACUCAGUAAUAUGUAAUAAACUAAUGGACUGGUUGAGUCUAUAAAUAAUAACUUGCCCUCGAAUUUUGACAGUCAGUAUGAGAGAUGAGUUCCUCCCUUCCUGUAACAGCACUAAAAACACUAAUAGUAACAUUUAAUUUAACUAAUUUAUAACUAUCCUUCCAGGACUAUUUGACUUGCCUAAAAUGUUCACCACACUCUUUCUUUAGCCAAUUUCUGUCAAUAUACUGCUAAGUUGUUUUAUACUUCACUAAUCAUAAUUUUUUGUUGUUGAUAUUUUCACCUAACAUGUGUACUCUGAAGUAGUUGUGCUAGAAAUACGUGUAUUAAUAAAUUAUUGUGCUGUAAUAGGCAUUUGUCUAGAGAGCAAGUACACAGGAUGAAGAAUUCUAUCGACAGAUUUUGUUUGGAAGCAUCUAAUGAUGAAAUCUAUAUCUGUUUUCAAACUGAAUCUAUCUAAUGCAUUGUGUUCUCAAAGAACAGAUAUCUUCGAAUCUGUGUAAGGACAAUAGACUGAUGAGCUGAUUCAUGAACAGCCACAGAGACAUGUAUCUCAUAUACUAAUGGUACACGGUCAGUGCAUGAUUAAAUCAUCCUAUGGUGCAUGCCCAUUCUCUGUACAACAUUGCUUUUUCUAAAGAUUCUGAAAUCAUAGAAAAAUGAUGGGCAUAUAGAACUGCAAACUGACUGGUCUUUUAGAAAUAUUUGGAAAUGCAUUACAUGAUUGAGCUGCUUCUGUAAUGAUGCCAUCAGUACUUGAUGUUAUAAAUUCGAUGCAACAUGGACACAGAUACUUUGCGUACCAUUAGCGUUUAAAAUCUCAUGCAUUAUCUAUCUUAGAAUGACAAAUUCAUGUUUAAACAAUGUGAUAGGUAGAGAGAUGCUAAUGAAUUCAGAUCCAGCUUUGUCUCGCAGAACAUAUCCUUUGAAAUGGAACAUUGUAGCAUUAACUUUCUAAAUGCAAAAUGAAUAAGUCCUCUCAAUAAAUUGAGAGGACUUUAAUGGUUCACUUGUUGCAGCUCAAAACUUAUUACACAUAGUUUAGCAUCCCACAGAAACUGCCCUUCAUGAAUUGCACAUAAUGGAAGUAAAAGGGCAUUAGAUGAAGACACAUUUGUUUGGUUUCAAGCAUCCUACAUCAUAAAUGAAAUGUGUCUACAGAACAGAGAAGCAUGAUUCAACAAAUUGUAUUCCUGAGAGAGUCACUUUGUUUCAAAUGAAUAACAGCACACACAUAACAACAUGAUCUAUAGUAAGAGCAUAAAAGCAGGCUGUACACACAUGCUACUAGUGUUUCAAAAUACCUGCUAAAUAAAUGUGUAGCUUUCUUCUUAUCUAGGAACAUAACAGCAUAAAAUGUUGAGCAAUUGUUAUUUCAGUUUUCCAGUUAUCAUAUGACUGUGCAUAUUGAACAACACACUAUGGCAAAUUACUGUAUUGCCAUUUUCAGAGGGUGUUAGAGGUAAUGAAAAUACAGAUUCAAGCUCCACACACUUAUAGAAAUAAUAUAAUGGAUUCAAGGGCGUAAAAAGCAGAGAGUAAAUUUUCAGUGUACAAUGUGCAAAACAAAAAGCUAUGAAGCAACAGCUAUUGCUACAUUUUAAGGUAUAAUAAGUUGUAACAAGUUCCUCUGCCUUUUGUUACAAAUAAUUCCAUCCUCUUAAUCUCUAUUAUGCUGAAUUUUCAUCCCCUCUAACUUCCGCAUAGAAAACAUUCUAGUUUUAACUUAAAAAUAUUAUUUGAAAAUGGUUUUAUGAAUUUCAAUGCUUGAUUUUGACUUAGUUUUUUCCCUUUCAACUGAGGAGCAAUGUAACACAAUUUAAACUAGAAAAAGGUACAUAAAUUUCAGAAAAUUGUAGUUUUGCAAGAAUGACUGGUCCUAUCACAGUUAGUUCUCACCAAGUAUGUAAAUAUAUUUAAAAAGAAAGAUGAUGAGACUUACCAAACAAAAGCGCUGGCAGGUCGAUAGACACACAAACAAACACAAACA